AUGUCCGACUUUGGCGGUGGUCAUGCGGGAGCAAGCCAGUGGGGUCCCGGACUGAUAGGGUGCAUAAUUGCUUUGAGCUUAUACGGUGUAGCCCUGGCGCAAACUUGGUUCUAUUGGCGUGCAUUCCCUCGCGAUGGAAAGCAUCUGAAGUAUCUGGGAGCCUUGACUCUCAGCUAUUUCAUCCCAUUCGUUGUACAGAUUUUUUACGGGCAUCGUGUUUGGAUAAUCAGCGCUAAAAACCGAUUACUUACAGCUUCAGUACUUUACGCUGGCUCGGCAUUGUCCAGCGUUAUAUGUGACGUGUUCAUCACGGGCUCUGUCAUUUUCUACUUGCGCGAAGGAAGAUCAGGGAUCAGACGAACCGUUCUCAGAACAGAGACACUCGUCCAGCAAAUCAUCGUCAUGUUCGUCAAUAUGGGGGUCCUCACCUGGUGGUAUAUGACACCACAAGGGAAAAACUACGUUGGGACUACGACAACCAUUCUCAGUAAAUGCUAUGUUAACUCGCUAUUAGCAAUACUGUCAAACACCCUGUUGAGCGGCGGCGAUGUGGUGGACGUGCAUCAUACACUACUGUGUAUUGCAGCCCUGGGGUCAUAUGUGGAAAUAGUUAAAUGCUUAUUGGCCAAGCAUAACGUGGAUACGCAUAUCGACACACUCACCCACCUGGCCACCACCUACGCACUCUCCCACGGCCUGCUCUAUCUCCCCUCAGACACGCAGCCCCAGGACCCGUGCUCAGCCAUCCACGCGCCCCUCUCGCUCAUCCCGUCGCCGGUCCCCCGCGCGUCGUUCACCCUGGCAAAGCGCCUGCAGCACAUCUACAAUGACAUCUACGCGCGGAUCGCGAUGGACGAGGCCUUUCUGGACCGGGUGAUGGGUGCGGUGGAGGGCGUGGGAAAGGCGGACGAGUUUGUGGGGACGCUGUGGCGGGGGUGGAAGGAGGUGAGGGAGGAGGGACUGGUGCAGACUCUGCAGCUCGGGCUGUUCCGGUCCGACUACCUUCUGCACGCGCCCGACGAGGCAGCACCGUCGCUGAAACAGGUCGAGUUCAACACCAUCUCGUCCUCGUUCGGCCCGCUCUCGGAACGUGCUGCUGCUCUGCACCGAUACCUCCACGCUGCCACCGGAUACUACGGCCUGUCUCCCCACCUCACCCCCGACAACUUCCCUCCAAACACGACCACAGCUGGGCUCGCACAAGGUCUCGCAGAGGCACACAACGCCUACGCUGUACCCACAGCGCAGAUCCUGUUCGUAGUCCAACAGCGCGAACGCAACGUAUUCGACCAACGAUGGCUCGAAUACGAGCUACUACACGCUCACGCCAUCCACGUCGUCCGCCAAACAUUCGACCAGCUCGCCCACUCCAUCCACAUCCACCCAACCACCCGCGCCCUCCACAUCACCCCUCCCUCCUCCUCCUCCCCCAUCGAGAUCUCCACCAUCUACUUCCGCGCAGGCUACACCCCCUCCGACUUUUCCUCCCCCACCCACUACGCCACCCGCAUCGCCCUCGAACGCACCCUCGCCAUCAAAUGCCCCUCCCUCCCCCUCCAGCUCGCAGGCGGAAAGAAGGUCCAGGAGGCGUUGACCCGUCACGGCCUCUUGGACCGUCUUUUGCACGGACGGGGGUACUCCGAGCAUGACCUGGACGAGGUGAGGUCGACGUGGAUGCACAUGUGGGCUUUGGACGAUCCAUGCCCGCCCCCUCCCUCCUUCUUCUCAAAAGCCAUUGGUGCUCGUAUUCCCCUGGGUUUCCGCGAAGCCUGGAUCGCGAUGGAGCUCAUCGACACCCCCGCCGGCGUCGGCAGCUACCUCGUGCGCGCCGCGGACGGCGGCGCAGGCGCAGGCACGGAGCGCCAGAAGACGAAGAGCGUCAAGGCGGAGGUCAUCAGCGAGCUCGGCAUAUUCGGCUGGGCCCUCUUCGGCGCGGGGGAGGUGGUGAGCGAGGCGGAGGCCGGCUGGUUGGUCCGUACGAAGGGGACGGAGAGUAAUGAGGGAGGGGUGGCGGCUGGCUUUUCCGUCUUGGACUCUGUGCUGCUCGUCUGA